AGCCUGCGAGAUUACCCAGCGACUUUGCGUCUUCCGGGUGAGCGUCCGUGGCGGAGCUGGGCAAGCAUGGGGAAGGUGAAUGUAGCCAAGCUAAGGUACAUGAGCCGCGAUGACUUCAGAGUGCUGACUGCGGUUGAAAUGGGCAUGAAAAACCAUGAGAUUGUUCCCUGCAGUUUGAUUGCUUCUAUAGCCAGCCUGAAACAUGGUGGCUGUAAUAAAAUUUUAAGAGAAUUGGUGAAGCAUAAACUUAUAGCGUGGGAACGUACUAAAACUGUCCAGGGCUAUCGGUUGACAAAUGCUGGCUACGAUUACCUAGCUCUGAAAACACUGUCUUCUAGACAGGUAGUUGAGUCUGUUGGAAACCAGAUGGGUGUUGGCAAAGAGUCAGAUAUUUACAUUGUUGCAAAUGAUGAAGGGCAGCAGUUUGCACUGAAGCUUCACAGACUGGGAAGAACCUCCUUUCGAAAUCUGAAGAACAAACGUGAUUACCAUAAGCACAGGCAUAAUGUUUCUUGGCUUUAUUUAUCUCGGCUCUCUGCUAUGAAGGAAUUUGCCUAUAUGAAGGCAUUAUAUGAGAGGAAAUUUCCAGUUCCAAAGCCAAUUGAUUACAAUCGCCAUGCAGUGAUCAUGGAGCUUAUUAAUGGUUAUCCCUUGUGUCAGAUACAUCAUGUUGAAGACCCUGCAUCAGUAUAUGAUGAAGCUAUGGAACUGAUAGUCAAACUGGGAAACCAUGGACUGAUUCAUGGAGAUUUCAAUGAAUUCAAUCUCAUGUUGGAUAAAGAUGACCACAUCACCAUGAUUGAUUUUCCGCAGAUGGUUUCCACUUCCCACCCGAACGCUGAAUGGUAUUUUGACAGAGAUGUUAAAUGCAUUCGAGAGUUCUUCAUAAAACGUUUUAGCUAUGAAAGUGAGCUCUACCCAACCUUCAGUGAUAUCAGGAAGGAGGAUUCUCUUGAUGUCGAGGUCUCUGCCAGUGGUUACACAAAGGAAAUGCAAGCAGAUGAUGAGCUGCUACAUCCAGUAGGUCCAGAUGAUAAAAUUACUGAAACAGAAGAGGAAUCUGAUGAAGAAAUGUUAGAAAAAGGUUGGAGGUCAGAAUUGGAAAAUGAUCCAAACCUUACAGAUGAAUCAGGUGGCUCCUGUUGCUGCUCAUCUGCAGACAGCAAAGAAAUAAAGGAAGACCGUUUACCAGAGGAGAGUGCUGAUGUGUCCAGUCUUGAAGUGACUAAAUUAAACCAAGCUGUAGAAGAAAUGGAAAGGCAAAUUCUUACCCACAGGUCUGUUACUGAGUUUUCUGAGGAAAGCAAUAGAAUUGAAAAUGAUAGCAGACAUGAUGGGCAGCCAGGUCAGAGAAGCCCCGCUGGCUCGGAGGAGUGUGAGGAUGAAGUCCCCCAUCUGAUUGCCUGGUCAUCAUUAAACAAGGAGUUCAGGCCUUUCAGAGAUGAAGACAGUAUGAGUAGUAUUACUCAUCAUAGAACAAGAACAUUGAGUGUUACGUCUGCAGGCAGUGCCCUAAGCUGUUCAACAAUCCCUCCAGAACUGGUGAAGCAGAAGGUGAAGCGUCAGCUGACGAGGCAGCAGAAAGCAGCUGCCAGACGCCGGCUGCAGAAAGGAGAAGCCAAUGUGUUUACCAAGCAGCGGAGGGAAAACAUGCAGAAUAUUAAAUCGAGUUUGGAAGCAGCCAGCUUUUGGGGAGACUAAUAAAUUUCUGACCUGUAUAUUUUUUUAGAUACUGUAAUUCUAUUUUUAGCCAGUGUAUUGGUCUUUUUUGGACCAAAGCCAGUAUUUAUGGAAAUUAUGGAAAUAAACCUUCUUUAGACUCACAGCUUCCAAAGACUAAUUAAUAGUAAAUCUGAUAAGCACUCUGUUUUUUAAAAAUUUUGAGGUAACUAAUUUAAAUAUAAAAUAACUUGUGUGAAAAAAACUUCAUUAGCAGUAAUUGCAAAACAUUGACAUCAUUUUUAUUUCACUGUGAUGUUUGGGUUCUGCCUUAAACAGAUAAAUAGAUGACUUGCCUCAGAUCCUGGAAUUAAAUGUAAUAAAUAAUAGAGUAACUCAA